AUGGCAGUGUACGAAGCAUGCCUUCAGAAUACCAUGUCUCCUCUGGUUGAUGAAGCCCCGUUUGUCUUGUCAGGAUGCACAUAUGGUUGCCGUGUGUGCAAGAAGAACCCCAUAACCACUCAAUUGAUGUGGGUAACCGACCAACCUGUACUAUCGGACGCCAAAGUCCUAGCUCACGAAAUGGGACACCUGCUCGGAAUCAAUGAAGAAGGAGCGUGUCCUGGGAGUUACACACCGGGAAAUGAAAAGCUCCGUUGCAAAAAGCAGGAGCACGGAUACGUGUUGGGUUCCGGCAAACCACCGCACUAUUUCUCGCGUUGCCUUCAAGACCAAGUGAGAGGCUGUCUGAUGCAAACGAGAGAAGGGUGCUUUGACCUGACGGGGGGCAAGAAAAUCUUCUAA